CCCUCCCUCGCCUUCCUUCCUCCCCUCCCAUCGUUUCUCGUAGCUUCCUUCCUUCUCCUAUUCAUCGGAAGCUGUUCGACCGAGGCGAGAUGACGAGCAAGGGCAAGCGGAAGGCCGACGACAACCUUACCGGGACAAGGCACCCGGCUGCGCGGAGGGAUCCUACAACCGGCGACGACCUUGCCGGUACAUCGGCGAACACUGCAGGGCGGACGGCGAAUGCAGCCGGCGACGGCAUUGCCGGGACUUCGCAGGCGCUUGCGGGGCUGACGGCGGCGACUACAGGCUCCGCCGGCGGCUCUUCCCAGUUCGGUGGAGCUGCUCGCGGGGCCGGGGGCGGGUCGGGGUACAGGGGAUUCUCCCAGCCGCAGCCGCAUAGGAGGGCGCCAUCUCAGGGGAUGCUCCGGCCGCCGCUGGGUAAUCCAGCCGUUGGGAGUGCGCCCUUCCCGUACCAGUACCACGCGCCGACCGGCAAUGGUUCGCUCUCCGGCCAGAGCCAGAUCUCCGGCCCCAGGCAGACAGGAACAGGGCAGCUGCGCGGCCACUCUCUGGGGAUGCUCCGGCCGCCGCUGGGCAAUCCAGCCGGUGGGCGUCCGCCCUUCACCUACCAGUACCACGCGCUGACCGGCCAUUGUUCGCUCCCCGGCCAGAACCAGAUCGCGGGCCCCUUGCAUCCAGGAACAGGGCAGCCCCGCGGCCACUCCGGCUCCGGCGGGCCUUCUUGGGCGAUCUCGUGCGCAAGCGUUGAGGUGUGCCCUUGUUGCAAGAAGCCCCCACCGGUCGUGUUUGGGGGAGUGGCGCCAUUGUGCGUGGAUUGCUACACCAAGAUCGUCAUCAGCGACGUGCUUGAGAAGCACCCGGAGAUCCGCUACGUGCAUCCGCCUCCAGGGGCUGCGGCCAUUAGGCCUUCUUCCAGCUCCAGCUCGAGCUCGGCCGUCGGUUGGGGCCCGAUCUGCCCGGCUUGCGACCACCCCUUGGGCACCGGCAACAGGGCGUGCAGGUUUUGCCACAUCAACGGCCCGCCACCGCCAGGGCUCGGCUAGCUCAUAUCAUAUCUCCUCGCUCCAAUCUGCUGUACUGUGAGUGAGAAUGUCUUCUGAACUCCGGCAGCCUUUUCUGCUUGCUCUGUUUCGACAAAGAUGUGGCCAAAUGUGGCAAUACAUACAUACAUACAUACAGAUACAGUAGAUCAUAUACUUGAUUGUUUCCUUUGUCAGUGCUCUGACAUUAUAAAAUGAUACUUGCUGUGGACGUCAG